AACAGUCACAUGAUAUACAUGAUAUGUUCAUGGAAACAUGAAAUUAGACCUCUCUACUGUUUCUGUUUUUCUGUUUCAUAACGAUGUCAGAAAAUCCCGAUCCAAUAUAUCUUCUUAGAGAUUUCAAUUUACAUAGAAUAGAUGCCGAGUUACUUGAUGAGUCAGAUUCAAUAGUUUCAACAUUGAACGAAGCCAAGUUUAUACGACUUGGAUCUCAAAAAUUUGAUAAAUCUACUACUACUACUUUUCAAAGUAAAAUAAAUGAAAAUUUUUAUUCAUUAGAUGCUUUAUAUCAUGCUACUGUUACAAGAAAGUUACACCAUACUGAAUAUUCACAGGAUGCAACUCGACAACAGAUUCCAACUCGGUUGGCAUAUAUGGAUAGGAAAGAUUGGCUUCCAUUUGUAAAUGGCUUUGCUUUUCUACCUGACGUAAAUAACAGGCAAAAUAAAGAAGCAGGUUCAUCAUCAUCGCAGUCUUCAAGUCGACAUAAUAAUGAAAAACGUCGACAACCACCAACAGAGGAAACAGAAGAAGACAUAAAAAAUAAACGAGCCAAGAGAGAAGAAUACAGAAAAAAUUAUCAAUCGUUCCUAAAUGCGAUUAAGCCAACUGAGGUUGUAAUAUUUGAAGAAGACAUUAUAUUCGAACUAGGUGAUUAUGCUUCAUGGAUUAAAUCUGCAGAUGACUAUUUCUUGAAGAGAUCUCAUAAUUCUUUAGGUCAAGAACGUAAUUCUAGUGAAGCAUCAAGGUCAUCGCGUUCACAUCACAAGAAAUCAAGAGGUUCCAAAGUUCCAUUGAUCGUUGUCCCACCUUCAUUCAAUGCUUUUAUUUCAAUGUAUAAUGUUAAGCAAUUAUUAGAGGAUCAGAGAUUUGAACCAGGAUCAUCGGUUCGUACAUCUGGAGGAAAGAUAGAGCACAAUAUAUUUCUCACACACAACGGAAUUCAAUAUGAAAUAACAGAUAAUGUCAAAUCUUUAAGAGAUCCAGAUUGGGAUCGUGUUGUUUGUGUUAUUACUGAUGGUAACGAAUGGGUCUUUAAAUCAUACAAAUGGAAGACGCAUGAAGAUACUUUCAAUAAUGUGGUUGGUGUGUAUUUCAAGUAUAAUAACGAAAUUACACCUCAGAAAGUGCAGAAAUGGAAAGUUAAUAUUAUUGAAAUACACCCAGAAAUGAGACAUAAAGAUGCAGAAGCAUAUAUGGAUUUCUGGAACGCAGUAUUAAAAAAAUCCAAUGCCUAAAUUUUGUAAAUUUUUUUUUUAAAAUUUUGUAUCUACUGAUUUUAUUAAUAUAAAUGAAAAAAAUUUUCAUAGACAAUAAACAAGGUAUUAUGUAAAAUUUUUCUAUUUCGUUCAAUGACAAUACUUUAUAUUUUAAGUUCGUAUGUUAAAAUUUAGUUUUAAUAAAAAAUAACCUUAAUAUUUUAUACUCCGCCAUUUUAUUAUUUUUAUUUUAUUUUA